AUGCCAAAGACAAACAAAAACAACAUAAAUUCACUUCCUCCUAUGGAAGUCGUGUUAAGUAAUAUCAGAAAAUCAUCUAAACAAUUGAAAGAGUUAUUUGAGUUUGAUAAAAUAAGAGAAAUAAUAGAUACACUAACGAAUAUUCUUACACCAUUAUCAUACAAUAUAUCAAGUCAAUGUUAUUAUCAAAUUUAUUUAACUUGUGUUCAUCCUUUAGAAGAAUUUCAGACUUAUCUUCAACAAACUAAAAUGGAUUUGAACCUUAUUACUUCUUUUAUUCUUCAAAUACCUGAUGCUGUAGUUCGUUGUUACAUGUUAAUGAAUGUUGCUGUUGCUUCUAUUCAUAAAGGACAACACUAUGCAAAUAGAUCAUUAAAUGCUUUAUUAACUGUAAUAAGAACUGUAAGUCUUCCAACUCAUCGUGUAUUUGCAUUGAAUCAUUUAUUAACUAUUUCAAUUCCAGUAUUUAUUAACAACUCAACACUAGCAAUUCAAUUCCUUCUUUCUCACAUAGCCAUAUCACUUCGUGCUUUAUCUCAUGUCGUAGAAUCCGAAUAUCUUGUCUCAGACCAAGCUGCCCCAAUUUGUACUCUUGCAUUACGUUCAUUACGUUAUUUAUCCUCUUUAGAACUUAGUGCACCAUUAUUUAGAGCCAUUUUAAUGAACCUUCAGAAAACAGUGAUUGAAUGUUCAACAACUGCACAAGAAUUCUUUUAUUUAAUUCUUAUAGAAACAUUCCCUGUACCUUUACAAUUAGUUUGUAUGCCAGAAAUUCUUGCAGGUUUAACUUCUCCAAUGUGCAAAAUUGAUUUAAAAUUAUGUUUAGCUCCAUUUCUUGACAAACUUCCUAAUGUAUCUUCUGAAUAUCAUUUUGAUAUUAUUGAAUCAAUACAAGCAAAGGUUGUUCAAAUGGUUAACAGUGGAUUAACAUCUCCUAAUGAUGGUGCUUUGUUGCUAGUUUCUAUUCUUCGUAUAAUCUUUAGUUGGUAUAAUAAAGGAAGUUAUUGCCAACAAUUAGAACAUUUAUUUAAGUCAAUUUUAAGUAUAUGCUCAGGGCAAGUUCCUACUGGUGUUCAAUUUCAUAUUUGUAUGGCAUUAGAACUUACUUUAAGAACAAUUCCAUUGUUAAAUGCAAUAAAAGUUGAUGGAUUUUUAACUUUACUCAACCUUUUACUUCCUUCAAACGAACGUAAAAUUGCUCGACUAGUUGUUGAAUCUUUACAACGUCAAAACGUUAUAUUAAAAUCUUAUUCUGAUGCAUCUCUCAUAUUAAAAAUAGUACGAUUAUUGCUUCAACCAGAAGUAAAUGAUAUUGAUUCACAAAAUGAUUUAAGUAUGGCGUUGUCUAUUUUCCCAAGAAUUAAAAUUUGUAAUAAGUCUUCUUGUGCUUUAACUCUUUCUCUUGUAGAUCAAUACAUAAACAUAGCUCUUGGAGAAGUGCCCCUAAAGUCUAUAGCUGAAGUAGAACUUCAAUUAAUAAUACAUUCACAAUCAGCAAUGGAAAGGGAUGUUUUAUUUGAGAGAUUCUUAAAUAGAAUAAAAAAAUUGGUUACUACUAAUGCCCCAUUAGCCAUAGGACUUGCACUCCAAGCGAUGUUGGCUGGAGAAAAAGCUCAGUACAUACAUUCAUUAUAUUUUUUUGAAUUUGCUGUGGGAGAAACAGAAAUUGUAGAAGAUGAUUUUAUCAAAGCAGAAUGUCUUGAAAAGAUUAUUGGUGCAGUACAACUUCUUUCUCAUCGUCAAGAAUAUAAUGACAUGGUAUUAUUACUAACUAAACAUGCGAAAGCUAUUGCCAAUAGACCAAAACGAUGUAAAGAAGUGUUAAAUACAAUUCAUUUAUGGAAAAGUGGAAAUGAAGAAAUGAUUAAAAGUUGUAUUAAAAUUGUUCUUGACGCUGCUAAUGACUGUGAAAUAGAAUGUGGAGAACGUCUUCGUAUUGAAGCAUUAAACCAUCUUAUUUGGUGUGUUCAAAAAGGUACUUUUAGUGACUUUGAAUUUAUUAAUGAAGUUUUGUAUUUAGCAGACAUUAAUCUUAAUACAAUCUUCCCAAGUCAAGUGAGUCAGUCAUUUAAAAAUACCAAAAUGCUAUUACAACAAUUAAAAAUAUCUAAAAAUUAA